UGACACCGGCUUGCGUGUUCGUUCACGCGCUCCGUAGGAAGGCAGCCGUCCAUCCCGCGCACCUUUCGCCCAACACGGGGAGUUUUAUUUUUUUAGAGCUGAAAUCAACUCCAAAUUUCUCCUCAUAAAUAUCAAUAACUAGAAAAGGUGUAAGGUCACGACUUGGAGGGAUUUGUCGGGGGCUUGAUCCAGCAGCGAGCCCGGGAAGGAGAGGAGCAAACCAGGCUGGGGCGGGGGGGCGCCAUGGAUGGGAUGCAGGCGUACGGAGCCGGGAAAGCCGGAGGAGCCUUCGAUCCGGUCACCUUCAUCCAGCAGCCUCAGACGAUACUCCGCAUCGUGUCGUGGCUCUUCUCCAUCGUGAUCUUCGGCUGCAUCGCCAACGAGGGCUACAUCAACCGACCCGACGAGGUGCAGGAGUACUGCAUUUUCAACCAGAAUCCCAACGCCUGCAACUACGGCAUCUUCAUGGGCUCCGUGGCCUUCCUGUGCUGCGUGGCUUUCCUGGCCCUGGACGUCUACUUCCCGCAGAUCAGCAGCGUCAAGGACCGCAAGAAGGCGGUGCUGGCCGACGUCGGCGUGUCGGCCUUCUGGUCCUUCAUGUGGUUCGUGGGCUUCUGCUUCCUGGCCAAUCAGUGGCAAGCCACCGACCAAAAGGACGACCCGUUGAGGGAGCGCGGGGACGCCGCCCGAGCCGCCAUCACCUUCUCCUUCUUCUCCAUCUUCACUUGGGCGGCGCAGGGCUUCCUGGGAUUCCAGCGCUACAAGCUGGGCUCCGACUCGGCCCUCUUCUCGCAAGAGUACACGGACCCCAGCCAGGAUGCGGCGGCGGCGGCGGCCGACGGCGGACCUUACACCUCCUUCGGCGGAGACGACCUGGAGGGCGGAGGGGGGGGAGGCGGAGGGCCGGCGGGAGACAGCGUUUUCGACGACACCGCCGGAUACCAGCGUCAGGACUACUGAGGGAGGUACACGACAAAUGGGAUCGCUUUGGUAGAGAGACGGACGGGGAGGUCUUCUUCUAGUAGACCAGCCAUCGUCAAGUGGUGGUCCGCGGCCCUCUAGUGGUCCGUGGUGGUAUUGCAGGCGGUCCGCGAAUUUGGAAAUGUUUCAAAAUAAUCUUGAUUCAUUAUUUAGACUUGAUUUAUUUUUCAGCUAAUUUUGCCCAUUCAAAUUGUGUCAAAUGUAGCUGAGAUUUCCAAAAUGGACAUAAUAAAUAGCCUGUAUAGGUCUACCGUCCUUCGGGGCAAAACAAAAAAAUAUUCCGCCAAAGCAGUGGCCCCUGAGUUGACAACCUGGAUCCGCUUUCACUUUAUAAGCAGUCAUUUCAUUGAGAAUUUAAAAGACCAUGCGAAAAUACCGACCUUACCUCAGAGGUAGUACUAUUCAAAAAAAAAAAAAAGACUUUUAUAUACUGAACUCACUGAAUUUAACAGAAACAGCUUACGUAUGAUACUGCAUUGCUGCAUUUUAAACGAAAUAUAUUUAAAUAGUCUACGUAAACAAAUAGUUCAGUAGAUGGGUGUUUGAAAUGAUAUAACUUUAUUUGGGGCCAUUUCGCUAUCAGGAAAAAAAAGAGUGAACAGAAGGAAGAUUUGGGUGAUCUGUGUGCCUCAACCUUUUUAUGUUAUUUUGGGGUCAUAAUAAUGAGUAAAAAUAUGUGUGUACACGUACAUUUGUGUACUUUAUACUGUAGACAUGUGUGAUGUUGCCUGUCUAAUAUGUUAAAAUAAGAAAAAUAAGAAAGGUAUUGUGUGUUUUGGAUGUUGCUUUCAAGUUCAACCAAUGAGAAUAAAGCCAGAAGA